AUGAGUAGCGUCAAUUUUAACAGUAAUGGGCUUAAGAUUAGUGGCAAUAUUUAUAUUCCUAGGAGUAUAAGAGAAGAAGAUACACUUCCAGCUAUUGUUGUUGUUCACCCUUUCACUAGUAUCAAAGAGCAAUCGCCUGCUAUUUAUUCCAAGCUUCUCAUAGAGCAAGGUUUUAUCGCGCUUGCUUUUGAUGCAGCUUACCAAGGUGAAAGUGAAGGAACACCACGGUUCCGUGAAAAUCCUUACCAACGUGUCGAAGAUAUCAAGUCUGCUGUUACCUACUUGAGUACAAGAGUAGACGUUGAUCUAGAACGUAUUGGCAUAUUAGGUAUAUGUGCAGGUGGUGGUUGUGCUUCUUUCGCUGGAUCUACAGAUGCUCGUGUGAAAGCUGUUGCUGGCGUGAGUAGUGUUUGUGUCGGUAGAUUGAAUCGCAAUGGUUUAGAAAAUAAGCAAACCCCGGAAGGAGUAAGGGGUUUAUUGAAAUUGGCCUGUCAAGAUCGUCUAGCACAAGCUAGAGGUGAAUCCCCCCUAUUAUAUACCUAUGUUACCUAA